AUGUACUUAAAAGCCAAAUAUUGCAAUGAACCAUUGCCAAAUGAAGGGCCAAAUAUAGGUUCUCGAUGGGGUUUAAUAUUUGAUGGAGUAGUUAAUGCUUAUGGUAAUGGUAUUGGGGCAGUAAUCAUCACUCCUCAUGGCUUACAUAUCCCUUUUACUGCAAGAUUAACAUUCAAGUGCAUGAACAACAUGGCGGAAUGCGAAGCCUGCAUCAUGGGUCUAGAAGAAGCCAUUGAUCUUAGAAUAAAAAAUCUCGAUGUUUAUGGAGACUCAACUCUAGUUGUCAAUCAAAUUAAAGGAGAACAAGAAAAUCGUCAACCCGGCCUAAUCCCAUACAAAGACUAUGCAAGGAGGUUAUCUACUUUCUUCAACAAGAUUGAAUUUCAUCACAUCCCUCGUGAGGAAAAUCAAAUGGCAGAUGCCUUGGCAAGUUUGGCUUCCAUGAUCAAUGUGAAUCAUUGGAUUGAUGUGCCUAAGAUCAAUGUUCUGCGUCUUGAUAGACCCGCUCAUGUAUUUGCAAUGGAAGAAGUCUCUGAUGACAAGCCAUGGUACCACGACAUCAAGUGUUAUCUCCAGAGUCAAGAAUACCCACACGGGGCAUCAAAAGAUUGA